AUUAUUUUGUUAUGAAAGUAUUACAUUGUACUUAUAGUAAAAAUAAAUUUGCAGAUAAAUAUACUCUUGAUUUAGAAGGAUUUAUGAGUCCUCGUGAAUUCACUACAACUAUAAACACUUUUAAUACAGCAGCAUGGCGUUAUCCUCCUCCAGUAUCUAUAGGAAGUAGCAUCUCUCAUACUGUAUUUGUUUGUUUGAUAAUCGUGAUCUUUAUUUCAUUGAUGACUAUUAUUCGUCAAACUAACCAAAUGGAACUCAUUUGGAUACCUCCAUUCUCCCUUUUAGCAAUUAUAAUAAUUAUCAUUUAUUAUAGACAUAGACAAAGAUUUAAAUUUGAAAGCGCUAUCACUCAUUUAUGUUCUUGUAUGAAUGCUAUAGAAAAUGUUCGUGGAAUCAAUUUUAGAUUAACUUUAUUAACAACUGAGCAAAAAUGUUUAACUCCACAAUCCAUCUCUUAUGCAAUUACAAUUGAAUUCGAUGAACGCUAUAAUUUAUUGCAUCAUUUCUUUAAUACAAUAACUUCAUCUUCUAUUUUACCUUCGUAUAGUACAAGCAUUUCUAUUUCUUCACCAGAAACGAUAACAGAUGAUAUAUUAACUAAGCCUUCAAGCGCUUAUAAUCCUAAUGAAAAAUAUUCCUGGAUAAACUAGCAUGUAUUCCUAUUACAUUAAAAGAGAGAGAG